AUCGAACGAUAGACAGCGAGACCGAGACCGAGACAGAGACAGAGGGAGAGAGAGAGAGACGAAGAGGUCGCUGCUCGAAGGGAGAGGAGGAGGAUUUGGAACAAGGCGACGCUUCGUCGACGAGGCUGCUGCUGCUGCUGCGGGGCUGCGUGCAGUGACGAGAGCAUGUGAUGGGAUUCUUAGGGACCAUUUUGUUCGCCGACAGAGGUCGGGAGAAUGAUCAUCGCGAAGACCCGUCGGUAGACUCUGCAGCUGCCCAGUCUCCCGAUUGUACUGCGAGAUCAAGAGAACGAAUUCCAGCUAACGCGUCAAAACAUGCCAAGAUACGGCGUGACUGAAUCUGAAUUGGCACCAAGUGAAUCGACAGCAACUGGCCUUGGGAGGAAAAGGAAGGAGAGGAAACUUGGUGAAGGAAGUGGGGAAAAGCAGGAAGAGGAAAAUGAGUCGCAGGAGUUUAGGGGGGAUACAGACAAACUUUUGGAGUGUCCUUGUUUGGAUGGUAUGAAACAGGGCCCUUGUGGACCUGACUUCCUAGAAGCUUUCAAGUGUUUUAUUCUCAGUAAAGAACCCGAGAAAGGAGCGGACUGCGAAGCGAACUUCACUACGUUGGAGACGUGUUUGAUGGCUAAUAACGACGCGCUAAAAGAUGCCCCAGCGGGAAGGCAAAAAGGUGCAAACAUUCCCAAAAUACCCCCGAAGGCAAUAAAACUUCCACCGACCAUCGGAACCUGGCCACCACCAGAAUGAAAGGUUGGAUGCUCAGAUCUCCACUCUGACAAGUCCCGAUGCUCGUUGCGUAUUACCCGUGAGUGUUAGAAUCCGUCUCUUCCUCGUCAGACUGGAAGCCCUCCUGUUGAUCGAAGUGCAGUUGCCGCCACAAUAGGGGACUCGGACCUAGCCCUUCAUGUCGGCGGGAUCUUUCAGAAGUAGCAAACUCGAAGGUGAUGACCAUUUAAGAAUAGAAUCGUUGCAGACCUGCGGCCCUCUUUUCUGGGAAGAAUCACCGUCGUCAUCGAUAGUGAGAAGGAAUUCCCUCUAAGAUUUUGACCAAAGCCCAGUUUGAAUGCAUAGUUGUGUGUCAGUUGUAUGUGUUGCUAGAUGAAAAUCUCUAAAAUCACAGUUUUUGUCUUCCACUGAAUUCGUGGUAUUAGAC